AAAGAAGGUAGUUGUCUAUCCAGAGUAAUCCGAGCUGGCAAUUGACCACCGCAAGCAGGGGUGAACUUUGCUUUGCACUGAGCCUAUCCAGAUCACCAUGUUCUCCCGCACAGCCCUCGCCAGGGCCUUCGCCCUGCCCAUCGAGCAGCAAUGCGCCCGCUUCUCCGUCGCCCGGGCCUGUCUUCACAGCACCGCAGCAGCAGCGUCGACGACGACAAAAACAACAUCAACCAGUCCAAAAAACGCUCACCCAACCUCCCCACUAACCGCCACGCCACAUGUCCAAACCUCUUCUUCCACCACCUCUACCACCACCUCCACCUCCACCUCCACCUCCACCUCCACAACCACCACCACCAGCAGCAGUCCUAUCGACCUCAAAAAGCCCGUGGCUCCAACCUUCACCUCGCCGCUGCAACUCACGCAAUCGCUGCUGGCGCAACUCCCGCAACUCACCUCGCAGCGGCCGCACUACAUCGUCUCGCACCUGCACGACCGGCCGUACCUGCUGACGCAGGGCGAUUCGAUCCGGCUCCCCUUCCUGAUGCCCAAGGUCAAGCCGGGCGAUGUGCUGCGGUUCAACCGCGCCUCGGUGCUGGGGUCGCGCGAUUUCUCGCUCAAGGGCAGCCCCUACGUCGAUGAGCGGUUGUAUGAGUGUCGCGUGCGCGUUGUGGGCGUCGAUGCCGAGCCCCUCCGCGUCAAGGAGAAGACGAAGCGGAGACGGCGCCACGUGCAGCACAUCAAGAGCAAGCACAAGUAUACCCUGCUGCGGGUGAUGGAUGUGAAGAUUAAGACGGCGGAGGAGUUGUUGCAGGAGGGGGCGGUGGUUGUUUAAACAGCCAGCUCACCUAGACAAAAAUCUUGGUCAAAGACGAGGGGACGGGCUCUUUUUGUUUACUUCGAAAAUACCAAGUGGGUUUUCUACUGGGUCGAGUCUUGUUUAAUGGGGAGGGGUAGCUGGAUAGGAAAGAGAGGGACAGAAGAAUAUGAUGGGUUGGGAUGGUCAUGGUGGCUGCACCUAGCAGUUACGCACGGAUAUAUGUACAGAUAGAAAGUGAGUGUCUGUUUCCAUGCACCAGGCGGUGCAUUUGUAUUGUACUUCAUAUUUGGGCUUUCGAAUGUUCAUGUGCUAUCUUUUUCUUUCUGAUUUUGUCUUUCCUCUUUUAGGAUUCCUUCAGAGAAUCCCAGAAGGAAUCGAAGGAUGCUUGAGAGGAAAUGGAGAAGGCCACGCACCGUUUCCUCUCAACGUCUGAUAUCUCUGUAUCAGGGCUGAUCUAUAGGCAACACUUACGCACUGGUGAUGGAAGUUGACGCAG